ACCGAGGCGUCGUCGACGGCACGGCGUCAUCCGGACCAGCACGAGAAGACCGAGCGACACGAACGGCGGGAUGCUGGGCACGGGUACGAAUUUAAUCCCGGCGGCACGUCUGCGAGUUAGCGGGGCGUCCGACAGGGGGCGCCGGGGAAAGCUACUCUCGGUCCUCGCACGAGUCGAAGGGAGAGAAAUAUCGCGGAGGGUCGAAAGGAGGCAGAGCGAAAGAGAGGGAGCGCGAGGGACGGGCCCGGUUAUCGCAAGGAGAGGGGUACGGCACGCGUGCGAGCGAGAGGGGCCACCCGGAGAGGAAGAGACGAAGAGAAACGGUGGAGAGAGAGAGAGACGAAGAGCGACGGAGAGCGACGAAGAGAGAGAGAACGGCGCGCGGUCGUACAGAGUGGCGCGGCGGUACACCGGGCGCGAGAAAAGCAGUGUGCCGUGGACCACCGCACCGGCAUACCGUGGCCAAGUUACGAUCUCCCCUUCGCAGUGUAAGGGUGUAUUAUUUUCGCGUACCACAUACGCCUGAAAAACGAACAGUCGCAAGCCCCUCGUCGUUGACAUCGACGUCGUCGUAUCGUAUACAUAUAGCACGUUCUCAUUAUCAAAACCCGUCGACGUUAACCGCCACCGACGUCGUUGCUGCCGUCGCCGUUUUUUCUACCGCCGACAACGUCGCCGUCGUCGUCGACCGUAUCACGUAUAGGGGACAGAAACGGAACGACGCGGUACGAGACGGAGGGACAAGCGCCGCGCCAGUCGCGCCUGAGUCCGCGUAAACGAUUCACCACGUUCAGUAUCGUUCGAACGAGUGCCAGUGCAGUUUCGUACCACCGUUAAUCACGUACUAACUAACUGAGACCGAUAGAUACGUUUUAUCGCUGCCACCCUUCACCUUUUUCACAGAUGUAUUAUGCGCGUGUAUCGUACAUUGGUAUAUAAAAACGCAUUGAUUGAGCACAGAUAGACGUACGUACGUCAACACGAUCAACGUUGACGUUCAACAUUUCACAGUAAUAAUAUCGGAAGACAAUCGGUUACAGAAUAUCGUCAAUUGUCUAAAACGACCCGACGAAAUUAUACCGCGACUGCAACCCCUCUGCUCGGCUCGGCGAAAAGUUCGGCGUGCUUACUGGAGCACGUUGUCGAAGAAGAGUAUAUCCGGAGGGAAAAGAGGACAAACCAAGUAAAUAAUAUGGUCGGACGAAUGUCGAGGUCCGCUUCGGUUAAAUUUGAAGAAUCGGGUGUACUAUAAUCGCAAGCAUUUACUUGGGCGACGAGCUGGGGAAUAGCACCGUUUGACGAAGGUCGCGUGCCAGGCGCAGCUCGUCGCGCGGGUUAACCGAGUCAAAAGCUUAAGACGACAAAACGAGGCACCGCAGGCUUUUAUAGCUUAGCUGCCGGUGCUUGUGCCGCUGCUGCUUCUCCUCGCCUUAUUGCCGGGUUUUAUUGCGUCGUAACGAUUUAACGAUCAUCACUCCGUCGACCGACUACCAACGACCACUCAACCGCCCAACAACGACUGGUUAAAUACCAGCCACCCACCACCACCACCGACACCACCGACACCGACACCGUCACCACCACACCACCACCUUUACCCCGUCGUUGUAACCGUGUCGUAACAGUUUUGCGUAUACCUACAAGUUACACCGUCGUCGAUCCAUCCACCGACACGAAUCGGGAUAUCGUAAAAUACACCGGUCGUCGUAUACCUACUAGUUGCGAUGAGAUCCCAUCGAAAUUACGUUUCGUACGACCGUCGACGACUACAACAACUAUAGAAACAACCCGGGAGUCGACUUCUAACUUCCAACGACGUCAACGGUGUGGCCGUCACCCGAUCCCCGACAAUUAUCAAACGACCGUCAUUCCUGCCGCGUGCCAACACUGGAUGACUUUUAUUGCAUCUUGAACGGUUUUUUUCUCUCCUCGAAGUUACGGGGCUUAUCGUGAAGCCUGACCCUCGCACGUCAGAGGCGGGCAAUAAAAAGCGACGCACACCUGUCGUGAUACAUGGACCGUGAAAAUACGUAGCUGUGAAGAGUAACAGGAAGAUUCGGAAAGGACGGUGAUACGCACACGUCACGUGAAUACCGUCAGAGUGCCAACGUUCUCGUCUCGUCUCGUCUCGUCAGCCGUUGAUCGGUGACCGUAGACCAUCGCCAUCGGACCCGGGAAAGGGGGGGGGAUUCCGUUUGUUUAUUUUCAAAGUGAGGUUGUGCAGUGCAAGUGAUCCAAAAUACUAGGAAUAAUGAACUCGUACUUCGAGCAGACCGCCGGUGGCUUCUACGGGAGUCACCAUCACCAGAGCGGUGCCGGUGCUCAACAUCACGAUCCGGCGACAGCGGCUGCCGCUUAUCGCAGUUUUCCACUCGGCCUAGGAAUGUCACCUUACGCCUCGACCCAACACCACCAUCACACGUCUUCCUCGCUCGGCAUCCAUCCGGGCGGUGGUACGAAUACGCGACCUCCGCAGGACUCGCCGUACGACGCUAGCGUCGCUACAGCGUGCAAGAUUUACUCGUCCACCCCGGAACACACGACAUCCUCUUACUCGUCUUCGACCGCCAAGGACUGCAAACAACAAGAUCAGUCGGCUCACCAGAACGGAUACGCGGCGGUGAUGGCCGCCGCCGCGGUCAAGGACGUUUGGCAAUCGGCUACCUCGGCGGCUAACGGACAGAGCAACGCGGUGGUAAGGCCAUCGGCGUGUACACCGGAAGGCACCAGGGUGGGAAGCUACGGAAGUCUCGUGGGAGGCGAUCCGGCGUCCAGUCCGGGUAACAACGGCUCGUCGAGAUCGUUAGCCUCUUCGUGGAACACCUGCAGCUUAAAUUCCGCGGCCAGUCAGCCGGUCGCCACUCAACUACACCAGCAACCCGCCGCAAAUCACACUUUCUACCCUUGGAUGGCCAUAGCAGGUAAGCAGAAUAUAUCCGAUGCGAGAUGUUAUAUGGAAACGUGGUUCAAUCUCGGAGCCAACGGACUACGCAGGCGGGGUCGCCAGACGUACACGCGUUACCAAACGUUGGAGUUGGAGAAGGAAUUCCACACGAAUCACUACCUCACAAGGCGGAGGCGGAUCGAAAUGGCGCACGCUCUUUGUCUAACGGAAAGACAGAUAAAAAUCUGGUUCCAAAACCGAAGGAUGAAACUGAAAAAGGAGAUACAAGCGAUCAAGGAAUUGAAUGAACAAGAGAAACAGGCGCAAGCACAAAAAGCGGCGGCGGCCGCCGCCGUUGUACACCAACAACAGCAGCAAGGGGGUGGCGGGGGCCCAGAAGCGGGGAACUAGGGGUACGCCCUGCACCGGACACCCCCAGAUCACCCGCACCAUCCUCUGCUAGCACCGCAAUGUACACAGCUAUACUAAGGUGAGUGGUAGGCUGCGCCACUAUAAUACCCGCUAUAGCAUGAACCUUGUAAUGCCAAAUAAGUAUCGAUCGCAUCAAUCGUCGAUAGACGAGGGCCAACUGAUUUAUCUCGGUUGCGGUGAGCGCCGGACUGCUGCUCCGGUGAGUGACGAAUCCCGGACUCCCGUAGCUCACAUGCCCAACACCCCCCAAAACCCAGCAACCAUGAACCAACCAACCAACAUGUUCGGUCUACACCUAUCAAUUAACCGCGUUCAUUAGGUCUUGGCCUAUUGUGGCGUACGUUACAUACAUAUAUAUGUGUAUGCAUAUACCUAACGUAGUGCGCAGUGCAGUUAAAAUAUAAUAUAUAUAUGGAUUCGAAUGUGAUCUACAACGCGCCUAGAUACUGCGUUUCUUAAAUUCCGGUACUCCGUGGUAUAUUUUCGUUUGUAUACCUAUAGAUACAUGUAUGAAUGUACAUACGUGUACGAGAGGCUAUGGAUACGAUGUGGGAACGGUAUUCGUACAAACCGAUCGAAUAGUUGCCGAUAUACGACGACGACGACGAUGAUAUUUCAUUCGAAAGUAUCGUAACGGAAAAACCAACAGAAGAAGAAGUAACAGAAAUCAACUACCUAUACCGAAAAUACGUAAUUAGCGAGUUUAUAUAAAUAAAAAUAAAACACGUGUCUAAAAAUUGUUGUAAAUUAUACUUGAUACUUGUAUCGGUAUCUGUAACUAUAAAUGAAAGGAGGGGGAAAAAUAAAUAAAUUAAUGAUUAAAUGAAUAAAAUGGAAGAAGCGAAAUAGAAUAAAUUCCUUCGCAAAGGGUGAUUUGAGAGGAAUACAAAAAAAAAACCAUGAAAAUUAGAGAAAAAGAAAAUACGAGAAAAGAUCACGAGUGACGUUCGAGAUAUUAAUUAUUAUAAUUAUUAUUAUGAUUAAUGUUAUCAUUAAAAAUAAAUGUAAUUAUUAUUAUUGCUACUACUACUACUACUAUACUACUACUACUACAACAACUACUAUUAAUAGUACUACUACUACUAUUAUUAUUAUCAUUAUUAUUAUUACUUCUCCAUCGGAAUGAUUUGUUAUUUAUUUCAAUUUCUUUUUCGCAGCGCACACGAAAUUAAUAUCUGUGUACUCGAUAUUUAACUCUCGGACGCGA